AUGUCGUCAGAAAACCUACUUCCCAGGCCACCAUACGACGCCCAACUGGUCCCGGCCCUGGAUCGCAUGACGGCUUACCCGCGAGAUAGGGAUGGCAUAGUCCACGGGCGACAACUACGAGCGACCGCAAUGGCACCUAUGCAAGCAGCGAUACGAAACGACGAAGACCUACUUGUAGAGGACCGUAAAAUUGCUGGGCCAGACGGAGAGAUCCCCAUCGUCAUCUUACAGUCCCGGAACCCAAAGACGGCAAGUGGCCAACGCCCAGGCAUCGUGUUCUAUCACGGCGGCGGCAUGGUUCUCGGCGACGCCUUUCUCGGAAUCCAGCCGUUCGCACGCAUGGCAAAGGACUUUGACGCCGUCGUCGUCAGCAUAGAAUACCGCCUGGCACCAGAGCACCCGGCGCCCGCGCCGCAGGACGACUGCUACGCGGGUCUCCUCUGGACGAGUGAGCACGUGCAGGAGCUGGGCAUCGACCCCGCGCGCCUCAUGAUCGCAGGCGUCUCGGCGGGCGGCGGUCUCGCGGCUGGAGCGGCAUUGAGGGCGAGGGACACGAGCGGGCCGAAGCUUUGCGCGCAGCUGCUCGUAUAUCCUAUGCUCGACGACAGGGACACGGGCAUAUCCAAGAAGCAAUUCAGGGACGAAAAAUGCUUUGACGCGCUGGAAAACAACGCUGCAUGGGGCUGCGUGUUGGGAGAGAAGGCAGGGUUGGAGGAAGCGGACGUGAGUCCCUAUGUCGCGCCGGGCAGGGCAACGGACCUCUCCGGACUGCCACCGGCGUAUAUCGACGUUGGAACUGCGGAGCCGUUCAGAGAUGAGAACGUGGCUUAUGCUACGAAGCUAUGGGAUAGCGGUGUGCAGGCGGACCUGCAUGUCUGGAGUGGUGGAUUCCACGGGUUCGACCUGUUGGGUCUCGCUGUAGGGUCAGACGUCGCCAAGGCUGCCCUCGAGACGAGAAUGGGAUGGGUCAGGAGACUAUUUGGCGCGCAGUAG